GUCGGUGACCGCGCCGGACUGUGCACCGGGAGUUAACGCUGCACCGGUGUUUAAUCAUAGGAUGAGUUGAGUCUGCUGCCGGUGAAUGGGUUUUUAUUUCUUGUGAAUGCUGUGUAUCUGAUGCUACGUGCCCGUGAAGCUGCUGCUAGUUGAAGAUACUUUUGCAUGAAACCAUGUCUGGAAAUGGCGGACUGUAUAACUGUAAGGAUCCUGCUGUAUGGAGGUCUGUCCUUGUUGUCUACAAAGAUGUAGUCGAAGCAAAGGCAACAACAUCCAAAGGUGUUAAAGCAGGCAAACUGGCUGCACUGGAUAAAUGGUAUCAAGAAGAGUUACCAGAAAUUGUUUGCAGCCGCACAGAGAAAUUUCUCACUCAUGCUGAGCUGGUGCAGUUGAUGGAGUGGAAGCUGACAAGGGGUAAAUUCCGUCCGAUGCUACAAAAGAUGGUCACAAGUAAUUCUGUGAGCAAUGUGGAGUCAUGCACCCGGAAAGCUUUCAAGCUGCUUCCUGAUGUGUCAGCUGCAAUCACAGAGCUCACUAAGCUAAAAGCAGUGGGACCUGCCACUGCAUCAGCUGUGCUGGUGACUGGUGCUCCUCAGGAAGCUGCUUUCAUGGCCGAUGAAGCAGUAGAGUCAAUCCCAGGCUUGGUUCCCAUUAAAUAUACACUAAAGCACUACAUCCUUUACCUGGACAAGGUGAGGGAGUGUGUAGAACAACUCAACACAAAUGACUCAGUGAAUGAUUGGACACCUCACAAAAUAGAACAGUGUCUUUGGACCUGGGCUGUAGCCCAAAAUGUCAAACCCUCAUUGUUGAAGAGUAUCAUGACAUAUCAAAACAAAACAUCAAAUAAAGAAAAACUCACAGAAGUGAGACCCAUGAAAAGACAGAAAAUGCAAUGAUAAGCAAAUCAAUCCCUUUAUCAAAACCAGAGUUGCAAGUAAGAGAAAUUAGUAUCCAGCUUUGCAGUGCCUAACUGGUGCAACAAUUAAUGUUGAAAUCUGAAACAAUUCAGUGAAGCCAUACACUAAGGAGAGAUGUUGGACCUGCAGGAAGGGGAAGAAAUGCUAUCAUACCUCAUUUUCAUUUGGUGUCUAUUAAUGCUUUACUUGAUGCAAGCUUGUAUAGAAAAACUAUAGCAAUUACGUAUUGAUGGGCUAUUGGUGUUUCAGUAUGUGAACUGGAGGGUGUAGAAAAUGCAUUUGGUAAAACUGAUAAUCGGGUAUCUAGUUGUUCAGAAAUCCCAAUGGCCUGGCAUCUUGCUCCCUCGUUAGUACACUAAGUUCUUGUUAUCUGCAGACAUACCAUUGGAGGAUCUAUCUACUCGCAAGCUGAAACUCGGUAGGUUCUGUUUCCCUUGCUCCCUUUUAACUCGCAUGGAUUCAGUUUCCCAUCUCCUUUAAAUGUGCCUGGAUCACUAGAAAAUAUUUCAUAUUUCUGUGUAACAUGUAAACAAAGUGAAAUAGAAGUGCUAGGUAAUAAGACUAACAUCCAAUGGUCCAGAAAAUCUGCUAGUUCACCACCACCAAAAUCCUAAUGGUGCUGGAUCAUCAGAGUUUUGCUGUAAAUAAAAAGUUUAAAGUUCAAUCAGGAGGUGGUUUGUCAAGAGUAUCAUAGAUACAAUUUGAUGAUAACAGUUCAUUUUGCCUAGUUGUAUUUGCUGAACCCAGCUGAGGGAUCUCAUAAUUGGAGGAAACAUUCUGUAUUAUUGGAGUGGUCAAUUCUGAAAGCUAAUCGCCCAUUUCCUUGGGGAUUCUACCAAUCAGUUGCUGUGAUUUUUGACAGGAAUCCUGUACAUAAUAUAAAUAGGAGUUCAACCAAAGUUAGGGACUGAUGAUGUCCCCUGAUGCCUUCAAUAUUUGCUCAUUUAUUUUACACAGUUAAAUUUGGUUUUGCUUUGCGUUUUUCUCGAGUACAUGCUUGCAUUAGACGAACUGUUUACUCUGAAUGUGAAGAUUACAUCUGUUUGAAACAGGCUAUUGGUACAUAAUUUUCAUAGGGAGUACUCCUGCAUGAUUUUAUUGUAUUUCUGGGAUGUCUCUGGAUCUUCAAGUUACAGAAGGCAAAGGCAGAAAUGCUUUGGAAACUUGCAGCUUUAGAAUUGACAUCACCAAGCACUGAGCAGUUUUUAGUCAUGCUGCUUACUAGGAUUGCAUUUGCUAUUUUCUUCAAAUUCCUGACCCACUGUUCUCUAUUCUACAAACCUCCUUUGUUUUGUUUUGUAGUGCAACAAUAUUUUUCCCUUUAUUGUUUGCUCAGUGUACUUUCCUAGUUCCUGCCAUCUGUUAAUAAAUUAGAAUUGGUGAUUAAUAUUACUCCAUGUUCCUGAGCAGCUCUGUAGUGGUGUUCUGCACACUAUAUACAAUAAUUAAUUUUGACUUGGUAACAUUUGAAUUGUACAUCCUCCCUUUUUUAGCUUGAUGCUUUGAACAUUUUUUUUAAGAAACUAAUUUUGGUGACCUCAAUUUCACUUAUUUUGCAGUCUUUUAUAGGGGAGUGAAUGCUUUCCUUUUUAAUAAAAUUGUUAUAGUUGAA